GAAAAAUAGACGGUUACGGGUUUGUCAUACAGUAGAGGUAAAGACUGAAUUCCACAGAUUAAAGAAAGUGCUUUUAGGGUUUCUGGUCGCGCCCCGCCAUUACCAUUCACCAGCAAUGUCUUCCAAGAAACGCAGCCGGAUAACAAACCCGGAGCCAUUCUUGCCGUUGGGCUCCGACGCCUUCUCCGGCAAGAAGCGCGCCAAGCCGCCCAAGCCCCACCAGCCCCACCAGAAGCUCGUCCCCUCCUCCGUCAGCUCCAAGAUACUCAAAGAGGCCUUGCUUCAGCAGAAGGAGAUCCAGCGCGAGGAGGAUGACGAAAACAACCUCGCUGAGCAGAACCCUGAUAAUAAAUUUGUGCUAGCCAACGUGCAGGGCCUCAAGGACAAGGACGAUGAGGAGGAUGUGGAUGAUUUUGAUGGGUUUUCCGAAACCCAGAGUCAGUUCGGACAGUGGGAUUUUGAGGAGAACAUUGAUGAGGAAGACGAAAAGUUGCUGGAAGCUUUCCUAUCAAAGGAUGAUCGCCCUCAACGAACACUGGCAGACGUUAUAGUUGAGAAAAUCAAAGAAAAAGAUGCUCAAGUUUCAGGUGUGCAGCCAAUGCCGAAAUUGGAUGACUCAAUCAUAGAGCUGUACAAGGGGGUUGGGAAGCUGCUCAGCAAGUACACCUCCGGCAAGAUGCCGAAAGCUUUCAAGCACAUAGCUUCUGUGCAAUUCUGGGAGGAAGUCUUGUAUUUGACUGAACCUGAGAAGUGGUCGCCAAAUGCAAUGUACCAAGCAACAAGAAUAUUUGCUUCUAAUUUGGGUGUCAAGAAGGUCGAGCGUUUCUACAAGCUUGUCUUGCUUCCACGCGUGAGAGAAGAUAUUCGGAAGAAUAAAAGGCUGCAUUUUGCCCUGUAUCAAUCCUUAAAAAAGGCUCUGUACAAACCAGCUGCUUUUAAUAAGGGAAUCUUGUUCCCGUUGUGUGAGUCAAGGACAUGCACUUUGAGGGAGGCUGUUAUAGUCGGGAGCAUCAUUGAGAAGAUCUCCAUUCCUCCUCUUCAUUCUAGUGUUGCACUGCUGAAGCUUGCAGAGAUGGAGUACUAUGGUACAACAAGUUAUUUCAUAAAGUUACUGAUUGAGAAGAAAUACGCACUGCCAUAUCGAGUGCUCGAUGCUUUGGUUGCUCAUUUUAUGAGAUUCUACGAGGACUCGAGAGUAAUGCCUGUGAUCUGGCAUCAGUCACUUCUUGCAUUUGCACAAAGGUACAAGAAUGAGUUGACAAAGGAGGAUAAAAUUAAUCUCAACACUUUGGUUCAAAGGCAAAGACAUAAAUUGGUUACACCCGAAAUACUAAGGGAGUUGAAUAACAGCCGUAACCGUGGGGAGAAAGAGGAUGAUCCCAUGUCGAUUUAUAUCCUUCUAAUUUUCACUAGGAUCACUUUUCUUUUGUGAUGUUUGUAUUUACAUGAUAGUUUUUUUUUUAUUUUAUUUUUUCACAAGGGUACCACUAGUUUAUGUAUUUAUCUCAAAAAGUCAUGGCUUUUCAACUUGCGCCCUAUUUACGAUCAAACAUUCCUUGACUCUAUAAAUACCAACCCCACUUUCUAUAGUUACAAAAGCCAUUCAAGAAGACAGGUUCGAUAUUCCAGAAGUACCAAUGGAGGAGGAUUAGAUUUUUGCCAUGUUCUUGCUUUCUAGAGGUGGUUUUUGAAAUUCGAAAUUAUUCUCGGGGAUAGAUGUUUGUAAUACCUAGAGCUUGCCUUUUAGGAUGGAAUAUACCAGGUUUGAUUGCUGGGGAUGAUUAUUUUUGCAGUCUUGAGU